GAUUUGUUUUUUGGUACAUUCAAGGUUUGGCAUCUUGUACCAUUUUCUAUUUAAUAGCCAGAAAGUCUCAAUUUUGAAGCAAACCAUUUCUCAUUAACUAUCUAAAUUAAAAGUCUACAUGUCUAGAAUUAUGGAAGAACAAGUAUUACUCUUUGGUGAAGAUGUUAACUAUGAUAGAGCCAAAGAAGUGAAAGAAUUUGAUGAAACCAAAGCAGGAGUAAAAGGACUAUUAGACUCUGGUAUUGUUAAGCUUCCAAGAAUCUUUAUCCAUCCAAAAGAGUCUCUUCCAAAGUAUGAUGCAACUUCUUCAUGCUUAUUUCAUGUUCCUGUGAUAGAUUUCACAGGAUAUGAAAAGUGUAGGAGGUUAGAGAUAAUUAAUGAGAUUAAGGAAGCAUCAGAAACAUGGGGGUUUUUCCAAAUGGUGAAUCAUGGUGUUCCAGUUUGUGUUAUGGAUGAAAUGUUAAAGGUUAUAAAAGUGUUUCAUGAGCAACCUAGGGAAGUGAAGAAAGAGUGGUAUUCACGUGAUCAUAAGAUGAAAGUUAGAUACUUUUGUAAUGGUGAUCUACUUGUUGCUAAAGCAGCUAAUUGGAGGGAUACUAUAAUGUUUGAUUUCCAAGAUGGUCCUCUUGAUCCCCAAGGAUAUCCCUUAGUUUGCAGGGAAGCAGUGAAUAAGUACAUGGAACAUAUUCUAAAACUAAAGGAAUUAUUAUCAGAAUUAAUGUCUGAGGCAUUGGGUCUAAAGAAGGACUAUCUUACAAAUAUAGAAUGCAUGAAGAGUGAAACAGUGGUAUGUCACUAUUACCCUGUAUGUCCAGAACCAGAUCUCACAUUUGGUACCACAAAGCAUUCAGAUCCAUCAUCCCUUACAAUUCUCCUCCAAGAUACCAUUGGCGGCCUCCAAGUUCUUCAUCAAAAUCGUUGGGUUAAUGUUAAUCCAAUACAUGGAGCCUUUGUGGCAAACAUAGGUGACUUCAUGCAGCUUAUCAGUAAUGACAAGUUCAAAAGUGUUGAGCAUAGAGUAGUUGCUGGAAGUGUUGGACCAAGGGCAUCAGUUGCUUGCCACGUGUACCCCAAUGCGUUUCAAAAAUAUAGGCCUAUAGAAGAGUUUACAUCCGAUGAAAAUCCAGCAAAAUAUCGAGAAACAAAUAUCACUGAAUAUCUUACUCACUUCAGGUCCAAAGGGCUUGAUGGAUAUAAAGCCCUCCCUUAUUUUCGACUAUAACAUUCACAUGAAAUGUCUGAUAUGCUGCUGCAGAUAUAUAUAUAUAGUCAUAUAUAUAUAUGCUUUUUCCCCUUGAUAUGCAUUUAGGCCUAUAUAGUUAGUUGUAUGAACUAUUUUCGUGGUACAUAAAUAAUACAAGGAAUAAUUAAAACCAAUCAUGAUUAUAAAUUAUUAUCAAACUUCAACUUCAUAGAGAGGACUAUUGGUUUUCUGGUAUUUCAUAAUCAUUUCAUAAAUCUUAGUAAUCACUAUAUUGACUAAUGCAUUAUCAAAAUCCUAUUUAUAGUUUUAAGUCCAGUCAAGAAUCUUAGAGCCAUAUAUUCACUAGUUUAUCCUCAAUCUCUUCUCCCAAAAGCUUCAUAAGUACUUUUAUAUUAUGAAUAAAUUUUGAAUAAUCAUGAUCAUUUUAGGAUUAUCAAAUCAUGCUUUGAGAUUCAAUAAAGGACUAGGAUCAUCCUGCUCCUGCAGUACUUCCUUCAUCUGUUACUGUUGUAUUUUCUUGGGUCACAAGCUUGAGAAAAAUUAGCUUGAAAUUUGAUUGCUCAAUUACCUUUCUAUGACUAAGGCACCCUAGGAACAAGUUCACCUAGAGUCUUGUAACAAAAGAGUCUAACAAAAGAAAAGAAACAUCUACCAUAGUAACCAGGGAAAGGUAGAGUGAUCUUGAGCAGCUAAAGAAUCAACACACAAAUUUGCUUCCCUCGGAGCAUGUAAGACACGAACUCUCCAAUCAGGAGAACGAAUGAUAAUGACGACCAUUUCAGGAGAGGUUGUAGGAAUAUAAAGACUAGAAGUAAUAAAUUAGUUUUUGUAAUUUAUUCCUCUGCUGUUUUUUCCUUUUCAAUAUAAAGAGUAAUAAAUUGGUCAUGAAUCAAAGACUAAUGGUGUCCAUAUUUAAUGAUGGCAUUCUACUUGGCUGAACAGUUUCCGCAUCAGAUAUCUUCUGCUGUGUACUUUUGCUUAUCUCAGUCUGUUGUGUUAGCUCCAAUGAUGCCAACCGUGGAUUGCAGAAAAUAGCAGUUUGUUCAAAUUCCGCCUAACAUGCUAUAUUGAUAUAUGGUCGCUAUAGCCACUAUUUUACAAAAAUUUGUACUGAAUAAAUAGCGUAUUAUUGUGUAGCAAUAAGAGUUUCUUCCAAUUCGAUUUGACAACAGUGGUUAGCUCCAACAUUGUAAGCUGUUUUACCUACCUUGGACGUUCA